AGGGCCUUCGCAGGAAAAGUGACGCAGGUUGUUUUCGGCCCCCUCACAUCGGAUCUCCUUCUGACCGUGCCCUGCGAACUGAGAAGUGAACAGGUCGCCGGGCGCUAUUUUUUUCUACAAAUCCCGAGGGACCGUUCCUCAGGUUCAUGAGGUAUGUCCGAUUCCCCCGCCAGCCUUUGCCUAAUUCACAUGUGAGCUGUGUGGUUUUCAUUUUUUCUACCGGUGGUCAGUGGGACUAAGUACGUGCAAACGCUAGCUCACUGAAAGUAAAACUUCUGUUGUCCCCCUCUGCGUGUGUCCGGUAACUAGCAUUCAAGGCGUCGGUGUCUAUGAGCGGAGCGAAUAUCUGUUUUCUCCUCUCCCGCGUUUGCGCCAUUGAAAAGCAAGCCUUUUUUCGUCGUUUUCAUUUCCCGCCGGAGGGGUUCUACAUUUUGGGGCCGCAGGGGUGAAAGUGUCUUCGGUGGUUCCUAGCACACAGUGCAUUUUUUCCGGAGAAUUAAUUUGCCUUCUGCUCACGGCUGUUCUGCUUGCCGCGAUAUUCUUUCGCGCAGUGCUCUAUCUGUCUACGCGUGUUCAUGAACGAAUUCGAGAGUUAGCCGGUCUGCAGAACUUCUAACCGCCAAGUGCCAGUCAGAGUGAUGGGAAAGGAUCUCGUAAAACGCAAAGCCUCUCGCUAUGGACGUGACGCUAUCGUGUGAGACAGUCGCCCCUCUCCUCGAAUGUUGGCACCGUGUCCGAGACGUUCAGACACCAUGUCGCCCUUCACGUACCACAUCUGGAUUUCCGAGUAUGCGAAAAUGUGGACGGUAGUGAAUGCAUUCACUAUGGUGCACAUGUAGGCAAUCGCAUAUUUAAGGUUGUAUGAUAAACAGGCUACUGUGGAGCCUCAACUCACGAUAGGGGUUCGCGUGCGACGUCGUCGUAUUCCUUCACGCCAGCAAGAGAGGCCGUUUUCUGUUGUACCACGUUAUUGUCAAAGGCGUCAACUGUAUUGUCAUGUUUUGUAUCGUGUGGGUGUCCGGGCGUCGGGCAUUCUUGAUGGGGGUUUGAAACCGGUACUGUUGUGUUUGUGAAUACACGGCAGAACCACUCAUGGGAAUCUGCUCACCGUUAUGAUUGUUAUCUAUGAUGUGGGCUCACGGUACGCAUUUUUGCCUUUCUGCAACGCACAACGUACUAAGGUUACCGCGGUACAUGCAAAUGCUUGUCAUAUCUGCAUGUGCUUCUGCUUUAUGUGUACUCAGUGCGUUUGAGUCCGAGUAGCACACUGAGGAAAGGCACCUCCGGGGGCUAUUUGGUUCAUAGAAGAUACAUAUAGAUCAGCGAGCAGGAAGGAAUUAGCGACGGUGAAUUCUGUGUUCCCCCCUGUGGUAAUAGCUAAUCCCCACGAUUUUGGUUUAUCUUCUUUUUCUCUCCGGCAGUGAGACUGCAUAAUCUAAGCUUUAUCACUAGUCACAAUGCCGCUCAUAUUUCCUGGAGCAACGCGGUCCAAGAUUGUCCUCAUUGAAGGGAACAUGUUUCAGCGCCUGGCGCUACUGGACAUUUUGACCCUCUGUCAAUAUAAUUGUAUAGCGUUUGAUACUACGCAGAAAGCCGAAGCGUAUCUCAACAGCGUUGCUGCUUCCCUACGGACCACAUCGUCUACUUGUCGCCGAAAAUGGCGAAAAGCUGCCCAGAAAUCUGCGCUGGAGAACCUUCUCCCCGUCUCGGGUGCGACGUCAAAGUCCCCAUCUCAGUGUGACUCUUUGGAUCCAACCCCGUCGCCGCCUUGUGUCACUUCCUGCCCCGCGAUCCGGAACGAACAGAAUUAUUCGACAUCGUUUGGUCCUCUGAGUAACACCCGAGCGAACGGCAAAGCUAGGCCUUCAUAUAGCAUCCUCAGAGGCAACCCGCUCCAUGUCCUGCAGUGCAGCGAUGCUCUAAACCCGCCUCCUUCUUCGUGUUGUUCUCAUGCGGCAUCCGGUCCCGCAGCAUUAGGCGAAGACUUCACGUCUGACAACGAAGACCGGUUCGUUGGUGGCUUGGUUGCAUUGAGCGCCAAGAACGAAUUUUCGAUUCGCACGCACGAGGCUGUGGCAUCCGUCGCUCACUGCCUCUCGCGCCUCCCUCACCGUCCAGAUGUGCAGGAGUGUUUCGGCCUUCAACAGUCCAGUGUCAAGCGAAAUCUCGAAGUAUCUGCCGACUCAUCCUGUGGUAUGACACAAAGAUACGACCACAUGACGUCAUGCGACGGACGGCAUGAUUCAUUCCGUAGUGACGCCUCACGGACCGCGUACGCGUCCUCAGCAAACAAUGACUGCCGCGAAUCCAAUUACAGAAAGGUCAGUUAUUCGUCACCAUCUCCGCCGUUUAUUGGUGACCCACAGGCACUGAACUAUGUGGAAGGCCUGCAAGAUUCCAUGAAGAAUCUGUCCGUACAUGAUCUCGGAAUGCAGCAAGCAACGACCGGGCUUCGUGGAUGGAAAGCAAAGGCAGUGCUGCAAGAUACUGCCUCAGAGCCGCCGAAUGAAGGCUUCUGCUUGGAGGAAGAUCUUUGCCGGCGCAGAGCACUCGGUAGUUAUGCUGUGCGUCAGGACGGCACUAUGGGACUGAGAAAUGUACGUGAGUCAGUUUCUCAGGAACCGACUACAGGAAACAUGCGCCACGGGGAGGUGACGAAAGAGCAACCGACCAACGGAUCGAGAGCCACAAAGCUGGUGAGCGAUCACCAUCGAGGGACGGAUCGCGCUACAGAAGGUUACACAGCGAUUACAUCGCAGGGUGAGAAAUGGGAGCAAGAACAAGAAGAAGACGGACUGAAAAUAAAACCCGACGAAAACGUCGAGCUCGUGCUUUGCGACCGAAAUGCGCCUGGAAUGGAGGACUUCGGAUUUUUGCGUUUCCUUCACGGCAGCAAGGAUCCAUGGCUUGCUUCGCUUCCGGUAGUCGUCAUUGGAGCCUCACUUGAUGCGGCAACACGAGCUACGUGUUUGUCUCUGGGUGCCCGGGCUUGCCUUCCGAAACCUUUGGCUCUUCCUGUGAUCAAGACCUUGUUUACGUUCUUCAACGCUUUGUCGAAGCGCAGCUCCCGGAAAACGAGGAAAAAAACCUUGUCAGAUGUUGGUCAUACGAUGUCGCGUUCUACGCUUCGCUCUACGACUCGGGUGGAUCUCAGCGGCGAAGCAGACACGCAAGAUACAAAUGAAAACGCUAGUCAGGGGCUCCAGGAGUCCGCGGCCUCCAGCGCGAGCAUCUCGCAGAGAGCAAAGGAGGGCCCCUGUUUGUCUUCCUUCCCCUCUCGUCAAUCGGGAACAACAGCCGUGGCAUGGCGCAGAGUCGAGAACGAGGCUGACGACGCCAAAGGCCGAGAAAACGACAGACAGGUGAAUGAUGAAGAAGACGACGUCAUCUGUGUGACGAGUCCUGCUAAUCAGGAAUGCGAAGAAGAGAGAGAAGACAGAGGUGCAUUGCGCGAAGACGGAAGGGCGAAACGAAGUCCAGGACAACGUUGUACCUGUUCCUCAGGUCUUCUCCGAUGUCCUGUAGAGCCGCCAUCAUUUACAUCAGACACAGCUGCUUCAAGUCGACCGUCCACGUCUGCUUCCUCUCCCUAUUGCCCCCCACAGAGGGCACUGAGGGCCCAGGUGGUUGCCUGCGUGCGCCCAGAAACCCAUGAGGUUUCAUCGUCUCGUUCUGAGCACUCUGCCUCGGUCGUGGCGGCAGGCCUUUCCUGUUCUGCACCGUCAUCUUCCUCGUUGUCCGAGUCUCCUCCUGCGUGCUUCUCCAGUCACAGGCACAAGGAGUGUCUCCUUGCUGCUGCCGGUGGGCUUCGCGCCGCGAGGACUGGUCUUGAAAGGCAGGGGAUUAAAGGUGAGAGGAGGUUGGGAGUCAGGCUACCCUCAGAAUGCGGUCCCGGUUACGAGUCGGUGUUGUGUCCUGGGCAAACCGAGCAUGGGGAGGCAAUAGAACGUACCAGGUCGCCUGCACGUGAGCUGCAUGAAAUGCGCCAGGCCCUCCCAAGGACAGAGGAAUCUGUGUGCAGGGCGCAGCAAGCCCACCACCUUGACAAAUUACAGUUAGCCACUGUGACGGAUGACGUAAAAGGACCAGCAAAGUGUCCAAGUGUCGUCAUCUCCUUGUCGUCUCUCCGGGCGCCCUCACGCACGCUGCAGCUCGCAUUGUGUAGCCGUCAAGAAGGUGGCAAUGAGAGCAAUUUUCCAUGCGAAAGCAGCUCUCUCCAGGACAAAUCGUCGCUCACUGAGAGUUACCAGUCCAGUGAUAUACGCACGCAUCCUCCGGCCCCCCUGCUUCGCUGUUUCAAGCUGCGUUCCGUGCCCUCCCUUGACUUCCGAGCGGGAGAACGAGACGACGGCAGACAUGAAGAAGACGAGACACAGACUUUCGGCGCGGAACGAGACACGGGAGAGAGACUCUCCGAUGCAGGCCCCUUUGUCUGGAAGAGAGAUCAAGACAAAGAAAAAACACCUGCAGAUAACGAACUAAUCGGGUGCGGUGUGUAUCACAGAGAAUCCAUUCUAGAGAAAGCUCAAACAGUGGAUGUUGAGGAAAAAAUCGCUUGCCAUCAGGUGCCCCCAUUCUACACCCAUGAUCGCAUGCGAAACCGCCACAUGUCGUGGUUCCCAACAGUCUCCCGUGAGGGGAACCUGGUUGACUUCCGGAGUCAGUCGUCAGCGACGUCGCCUUCGUCCUGUGUGCGUACACAUCAGCCAUCGAUUAGCUCAUCGUUCGAAAUCGAGAAAACCAAAUUCUGUGCAGCUUUGUUCCAGGAUCAGGUACCGAGAUGCGAGCGAGGACGGAUGCUGGGCGUCUCUCUCCCGUCUAGCCUCUGUUCUCCUCCACGCCUCCUCACAUCAGAACGAGGGCCACUGCAUGCAGACCGUGGGAGUUCAGCGUGUCGAGUCUCCCUGCUCUACACUCGACAGGGUCGCGACGAGGAGGACAAGCAUUUCUCUUUGCCUUCGCAGCCUCGCUGCUCAGACCAGAAGCCACCUAGCUGUGUUUCUUCGUUGCACACACCUACGCAAGGCGAGAGUUCUUUCGUUCGGAGUGACAACUCCGUGACCGACAGUGGGGGUCGAGCGUCUUGUUGGAUGCCUUGCGGGGACGACAUAGCUGGUCGACGACUCGUCUCAGCGGCGCUUCUUGCACGACGAGCUGUCUCUCUGUUGUCUCCUCAGUCUGUGAGGAAGCAUGGGGAAGUCAGGGUCUCACGGCAGACACAGCUUGACACUGUUGCUGCGAGGGGCGCGAAGGCUGUCUCGCCCCCUGCGUCACCUCGCUCUGUCCAGCUGCCAGACGAGACGUUACAUAGGCCGUUGGGGGGGUGCUCGAGGAGCUGGGUAGUGGAUGCGGUCGAGCGAGGAGACAAUGGUGGAACCGAAAGUGAGAGUCGACGUGAGGAAUCGAGGGGGUUGUCGGGAGACGCGGAAGGACACGAGAUACCGCUAGAGAUCACCCAUCAUCGCCUGGGGACAGAAACUGACGAGAGGACAGAGGGAAGCGUCGACAGCGAGGAUCAUAGCGAAGAAGGCUCGGACGCGGAAGACGCUUCGUUGUCGGAUGAAGAAGGAAAAGGAUUCCGCGUUUACGAGAGGGUCUCAACACUUGACAGAGGAGCAACGAGCUACGUCCACUUGGUGAAACGCCUCCCAGACAUGAAAGCCUUUGCUCACAAAGAAAUUCUGCUCGAGUGCAUGACCCCUGCCGAACAGGACCUAGCCAAAAAUGAGGUUCGCGUCCUCAAGGCAGUAAAAGAUCCACCAAUGAUUGCCUAUGUGGACAGCUGGAUCGAACCUGGACAUUCCUUAAAUAUAAUCAUUGAGUAUGCUCCAGGCGGCAGUCUCCAGGCAUACCUCGAAAGAGCGAAGCUUAGCGGCGCCCCAGUCCCCACUGCGCUUGUGCGAAAGUGGACAGCUCAGAUUUCCGUCGGGCUUUUGGCUCUUCAUGACCACCAUAUUCUUCAUCGGGACUUGAAACCGAGCAACAUCAUGCUCACCGAGGAUUUAGACAUCCGGCUGUGCGACUUUGGCAUCAGCCGGAGUUUAAAGUGUGCGCAUGAAAUGGCGGAGACUGCUGUCGGAACGCCCUUCAUCAUGAGCCCAGAACUUUGUCAGGGCAAGCCGUACAAUGCCUCGUGUGACCUCUGGGCCCUCGGCGUGACUAUGUUCGAAAUGCUGGAGUUGCGUCGACCCUUUAGAGGCGAUUCGCUUCACUCCCUUUUCUGGGCGAUACAGACGGAAGAACUCAGCUUCGGUUCUUCCUUUGAUUCACACGGUCUUCCCUCUGAGGGCGGCGGAGGGACGAUGGCGGGAACAGAGGCCUGCCAUCGGAUCCGAGAGAAAGACGAUCCAAUAACGCCGAAUGACGAAACGCAGACAUUCCCCAGUCGUCUGGCGAAUGCACCUGUCUCCCCAGUCUCCGCGUCUUUGCCUGAGAGGCUAGAGAGGGAGAACAAGAAAGUGGAACAAGAACAAGACGGAAACGGUUAUGAGGACGGUAGAGAAACACAGAGGAGAAGAGACGAAGAAAGAACAGGGACAGGAGGAGACGAAGAGCGAGAACGGAGGGACCAGGAAGGACGCUUCGCCGUUCGAACGGAAUUAAAGAAGUUGUGCCAGACGCUUCUACAGAAGGAACCGACAGAACGGCCUUCCGCUCUCGACCUGUGCACCAGUCCGGUGCUGUACGGUGAAGUCCGCAACUUCCUUCGUGUCCACCGGCCAAGCGACGCCUCUCACUUUCUUCGUCUUCUGGAGGCGCACCGAGAAAGCAAGAGCAGAGCGGUCUGUCGAGGGUCUCUUUUCUCGACUUCUUCGCCCCGUCCAUCAGUCGCUUUUCGCGGGGAAGCUUUUGCAGAGAGGCACCGAAACGGGGACUUGUCUCUGUCACAUCCCGGCCGAUUAGAUUCGCGUAGUUCUGCUAGAAACGCGUAUGGGUGCACGGACGCCAGUGACAUGGAAUCGCAAAGGGAACGGGAGGUUGCGCAGGCAGCUCAGGAAGCCUCUCGAGCACUGGGAGAAGCUAGCAUGUGUUUGCCAUCCAUUGGGUGGAAAGGCGAUACUUUACGAAGCGGAGAAGAGACAGGAGGAGAGUGCGAAACUUGCUUGAAAGAGGGCCGACGGGAUGUAAUCAACCGUCCGCAGAGCGGAACAGACACGAACGGGGACGCGGCGUCCUCCUGCGUUUCCAAAGACCAUAGUCUCCACUCCACAGGAGCCUCAAUCCCGUCGAAGCGCCGACGCCAGGAGGAUACGCCUACCCCUCGAAGUGGCGCGAGAGAGCUGUAUGUCCUGGAGGAGGAGGAGGGGGAUGAGGAAGAAGAAGAGGGGAAGGGGAAGGAGGAGAACAAGGCAGAAGGCGAAGGCACAAGGAACAUGAGUGAGCGACGAGACGCGAAGGCGGGAGAAAAGGGAGAAAAGGUCAUCCACUGCAGCAACCAGGGACAAACGAAGGGUGCAGAGGCCCGAGAAGCUGAAACCGGCAACCAGGCUCAGUCACAUUUGAGUGACGAAGUAGGGAAGAAAACGUCCGAAGAGAUGUUUCGGGACAGACGCAGAGGGGAACGUCAACAAGGCCAUUCUCCACUUCUUCUCUUUGAUUCUGAUCCGCUCCCUGCUGUAUUCGCGGGUAUUCCUUCGUUGAUGUCUCCCGAAUUAACUUGCUGGUCUUCGGUGACGAGGGCAACCGAGAAAAGUCAACAGGGAACCGCCGCUGGAUCGUCCGAUCCGGUUUCUUGCGAAGACAAAGACGCAGUCCAAAAUGACCUUGGAAGACGCGACAGUGUUGUCGAGAUUGAACAAGAUGCAGUGUCCCCGUCUCCCCCUGCGGCUGCGUCUUCGUCUCGCUCUUGGCCUCCAUCGUCGCCCUCUUCCUCUUCAUCUUCAUCUUUUUCGUCGACUUCUGCUUCUUCUUUCCUCUCCACGUCCUGCAGUUCUUCUUCCUUUUCUUCUUCCUCGUCAUCUUCCUUUUCUUCUUCCUCUCUACCCCAUCGCUGCGCGUCUUGUUCGGUUGCCUCUGCGCCUUCGGCUUCCCUGGGUGGAGGCGCCCUCUCCUCGCGGCUUGUCUCUGACGAAAAGCGAGGCUGCGUCACCUCUUCUACGUUUCAGACUUCUUGUCGUGGCGCUUCGCCACCUGUACGUCAAAGUUGUUUGAUUGCUGCAGACGCUACGCGUGAAGCGGCAUCCGGCGCCGGUCGCCGCGACGCCCCGCUCGAGCACGCAGAGGAAAGGCAGGAGGAGGGAACCUCAGGACGCGCUAGCGUUCCAGGAGGCGAGACGACGCUUCGUGACGAAACGCCGAAACCAGGCGAAAAAACCUUGGUAAAGCAGCAGAGCGCGGAAGAUUCCGGAAGAGGCGCCGAAGAAGGCGAAGCACUCACAGCGACACUUCGUGCUCGCGCCGAGCAUGGGUGUGCCCUUGGUCUGCCUCUGGGGGCCUUUUGGCCUUCAGCCCUCGCGUCGCUUGAAGAUGGUAAAGAAACAGAGAGUGGUGGAGCAAGUCAUGAACAGCGCGAGAGACGAGCACAAGGAGAGAGAGAACAAGCAGAGACGGAAAAUCCACCACUUCAUCUAGACAGCCAGAGUGACGUGAGGAGAGACGAGAAGGUUGGACAGAAUGAAGAAAUGCAUGCCGUGCUUGGCGAUGUGUCUUCUCGCUGGAGUGAAAACGAUUCUAGGGACUGUGGAGUGGAAGUGCAAACGAGGAUAGGCUCCAGCGAAACAAAGGCGUUUGAUGGCGACAGCGUGAGGUUCCAAAAAAACCGGGUAAUUGCGGCAAACGCAGGGGACGAGGGAACGACCGGUACGGCGACAUACAGCCGUCAGGAUCUCUCUCUCACCUGUCGCCUGACUCUGCCUACUCCAGCAGAUGUUCCCGGAUCUUGCUGUUCUCCUCCUCUGUCUGCUUCCUUUCAUCUGGGCUGCACUUCGCCUCCGUCGGCUUCCCCGUUGUACGAAACAAGGUCCGUUUUUCCGCCCACAGAAGGGUCCGUCAGUCCUCUUGUUCGAUCGCAGCGCGCCUGCAGCAACUCGACACACCCGCCUCCACGUCCGCCUCUCCCCGUCUCAGCUUCGUUGCACUCGUCAUACCCUUCCCUUUCGUCUCUCUUACUCCUGUCUCUCGCCUCGUCCGCGUCACUCCUUUCGUCUUCUUCCUCUUCGGCAUCUUCGGUUUCUUCUGCCGUCUCUUCUUCAAUCUCUGCUUCGCUGAGGUCGACACCGAAUCCAUGUCGCACUUCCCCUUCCUCCCCAGUGGCGUCUGCCAACGCGCAGGCCUCACCGCGCCUCUCCAUGCCGAGACACGUUCCGCAGCUGAGAAGAGUGAAGUUCUCCAGUUGCUGGGGAAGGGUGCGUCGUGAAUCUCUGGAAAAGCGAGUGUCCAAAGGAGUCACGUUCACCAAGGGAGGCGGUGCUGGGGUUCGCGCGCGUCUCCUCCCCGUGAGUCUUCUGCACUACCAUUCUCGCCUUGCCUCCACGGUCUUGGACACUCCUCGCACGCUGCGCAAAGCGAAAGUCCCGAGGCGUCCUGGCUUUGCUAACGUCCCCACCGGUACGAGCUUCAGAGCGGCCUUGCCUCAUACCGUCGAGCGUGGAUCUCGGAUUUGGCGCCGGAGGUUCGGACCGGUCAAGGCGACCCGUUACCGUCGCGGGUCUCGAAGCAGAGCCGAUGGAGACGGCAGCGAGGACGAAGAGCAGACCACACAGGGAGGGGGUGGAAGCCUGGAAGAAGCCGGGGAAGAGCCAGGGAGAACGAGGGCGGGCACGGGGAAGGGAGAGCCACCCACUGAGCGUGGAGACGCAACGGAGUCUUGUCCGAGAGAACACGAGAGCGCUCUCAGAGAACGACGACGCGAGAAGGACACGAGAAGCCGAGUGAAAGAUGCAAGAAAGGCUCUUGGGAGCGAGGACGGUGGCCGAGGUAACGGGCGGAGAGACGCGCCUGAGAGCGAACGUUUUUUCGAAGCUGCAGAAACCGCUAGGAUCAUGUCUUCAUGUGUUCGUGAUGGUCGGGUCGGUGUGGAGAGACAAACGUAUUUGCGUUUGCGGAGAGAUCCCGGCGAAGGGACGUUGGCCCUUGGGGCUUCUCUUGCAGCUUCUGCGGUGGCUCCGCGGCCUGCCCCUGGCGCACCUUCGUUUGUGUUUUCGUCUCGCUCUUCCUCGCCGUUUUUUGUUCCCUCUCAAUUCCUCCGUCCCUUCUCGCCGUCCUCCUCCGGUUCCGCCCUCGCGUGCCCGCGGCUCUUGGCCUCUGCCUUCCGCCCUCAGAGUCCCCGGGGUGACCACGCGACAGGUGCGAAGCAGCACGAAACAGACCGAAAGGAGACAGGAGACAGUGGCCACUCUACCUGCACUCGGGAGGCGCCUUCGAGUCUCGCCGCCGUUCCUGCACCUCAGGGGCCGUUCGUCGCUUCAAUUGCGAGUCCCGCACAUGGCGAAACGAUCUGCUUUCCAGGCGGAAAAGAUCUCGAAGACCGUGGAGAAAGCGCCGACGGGAUGCGACGAGGGAGCCACGCAUACGCACUUCAUCCGUCUGUACCUCACGCUAUUCAGGGAGGCGAGAUCCGUGUCGUAAACAAGGGAGUGGAGCUUGUGAAACGCAGAAUCGAAGUGGCACUUGCAGGUACAAGCGGAGACACGGAAGCGAAGAAGGCAGACGAAAUGGAAAGAGAAUAUUCAACUGCUACUGAGACAGACAAGGUGAGGCGGUCUCCGGAAGACGGAGGUCGCGAACGCCGACGAAGCACGACUGGACUAGACCGAGGCGAGUUUAGAGAAGUAGGACUUUACGACAGGGGUGGUUCCUCGGCUUCCCUGGUCGAUUCGACACAAAGGCGAGUGCUGUUCGCGCUUUCUUCGUCUGCCUCUGCUGCGUCAAUGGACGCCUCAGCUGCCUCGCUGAGAGAGGAGCUGACAGACCAAGAGUCUGCGCGAUUAUGUGCACCACGAACAACGAAAGGUGAAGAAAUGUACGGAAACGAACGUGGAGAAGAAGCUAUCACAGGGGUGAAAGUGUGGUGUGUGGAAGGAGACAAGGGAUGUGAAGAAGGCACGGACAACACGGGGCAGCCCCCUCGAUUGUGGGUCCCUGGCGAGCGGCAGCGUUUCGAUGGCGAAGAGGAAACGCCAGGAAAUCGAGGAUCGUUGGAAGCGAAAGGCACUCAUCCAGAAAUGCUACGAAGUGCACAGGCGCUUGAACGGGCGGCUGUCCUGAUCCGCAGUAUCUUCCCUGAAAAUCCUGUCUUUCUUCCUUGCUUCUCGAAGUCGCGUCUUUCCACGUCACGCCCUCUGUCCCCUCUGUCAACUCUGCGCACUCGCGCGGCAACUCUCGAGGAUCAACAGGGAGCAAUGGAGGACUACGGAGGCCACUCUGCAUGUCGCCGCCACAACCUGUCACUGUCGCCGUCAUUUUCGUCUCCUUUUUCUGCUUCGUUUCCUCGAAUUGUUGCUUCGUCGUGGACAUCAAAGCGGCCACACGCGGCGGCCGAGGCGCCAUGCGUGUCUGGCAGAUCCGUUUUGCUCUUGAGACGACGGACAUGCACCAGUGUUGAGCGUCCUGGACGAAGGCGUUACGGUUUGCGAAUGUUGACGCUGUGUGUAGUUUUCUUUCUACUUCUCUGUUCUCUCUCUGCAUGGAUUCUACGCAACUCCCUCUCUCCCUCCUGUACUUUAAUCGGCCUCUCGGAACCGCCCAUGUUUUCUUCGCGUUCUGUCAACCUUGCGUCUCUGUUCGCAACUCGGCUCCCGUCCUCCAGGUGGCAGGUCUCUUCGUCAGAGACCUUCAUCUCUCUCCUUCCACGCGUUUCUGCUUCCAACCUUUCUUCUCCCUCUCAGCGUGGUGCGGCCCUGACCCGCCGCUUGUCGCGCAGGGCCAAACGGAUGGCGGAAGAAACGAAAGGAAUUUUGGAUCUCGUUGUGGCGUUUGUCUCGCGGAUUGUCUGCGCACUGCGGCCUCCGUUUCCCUCGGCUCUCGACAGCGGGGAGCAGAGGAACAUGCAACGGAGAGAGAGCGCGAGCAUGCAUUCUCGGGUUGUCUCACAUGUCCAAGGCACAGACACGCGAAGCGUUGAACGUCAAGGAAAACUCAGCGAGACACUUGCAGAUGAAAAAAAGGAAGGGAAAAUCACACAUGCGGCAGAGACAAGGCGACCUCACUCGGGGACCGAUUCGUUCCGUAUCGACGGGCUGUGUGCCUUCUUUCUCUUCAUUUACUGGGGUCUGUGUCCAAGGAACAGAGGCGAAGCGUGUCACGAGGGAGACAGGGAGAUCCAGGAAGAAGGCUGUCGAGGUGUGGAAACAGUGAAAGAGGAACAACAUAGACGCAAAGGCGCAGACUACAGCACCAUACUGGACAAGCUGCCUGGCGUCCAAACGCCUGUUGUCCUCGACUUUCUUCAAGCGGCUCUUCACCUCAGUCGACCUGCGGCGACAGAUGUUCUCAUCGGUUUGCUGGAGUCCACAGUUUGCCAGUUGUCGGUGGCGACGUGCGGGGACGAUGCGUGGUCUUCUUCACUGUCGCAGGAGUCGUCUUUUCCGCGUUUGCCUUCGGACAUGUCACUUCUCUCAUCGUCUCCGCGUUCGUCCUUCGCUCUCUCUCCGUUGUCUCAGACGCGGCCGCUUGUUGCGUCUGCAUCUCCUCCCUUGUGUUAUUCUUCCGCUUCUCUGCUUCUUUCGUCCUCCACCUCGAGCACGGCUCUGCCACGCUACGCGUCGCCUCGCCUCGAUAGUUACAAAACUUUCUUUUCGCUCUCUUGGACACGGCGAGAAGUUCCGUUGAACCUGCAACGCAAGCUGCUCUCGCGUCUUUGCAUGCGCUACUCUCUUCGUCAACAGGAGGACCAGAAGUCUCUGUUCUCUUUCCUAGUUCUUUCCACUUCCGGGGAGGCGUCAAGCGCCUCCCCCCGCGAGACGCCAGGAGUGGAGGAAGAGAAGGAGAGGGGGAGAAAGUCCGUGGACGCAAUCAACGAGAGUUUGCUGGAAGCUGAAACAGGAAACGAAGACAAAAGUGCGCAGGAAAGGACGGAAACGUCGAAACGACGCGAACCGGAAGAGUCCAGGUCCAGAUCCCAGAGACCCAAAGAGAAGUCGAGUGACACGGCGUGUGUGACCGACGACGAACCUCCAACGGUUCCCCCUGUUGAGCUUUCGAUUCGCCUCCUUGAAGAGUAUCUCGCGAUCUUCUCUCCGACCGGCGUCACCUCGCCUUCUCGUUCGCGUCCGCCUUCGAGGAAGGCAUUCGGCCACCGACGUCGAGUGCCUUCUUCACUUCCUGUUUCCUCGUCGUCGAACCAGUCCUCGAGUGGAAGCGCGAACCCUGUUGUUCGCCAUCUGGAGACCACAGGCAAACGAGGAGGAACUCGGCGCGCCGACGACGAGAAAAACCAGAUACACCGAAGAGCAAGGAUCUCCCAGUUUUCGCUGUGGCGCUGCCCGCCGGAGACACUCGGGCACGACCUCCCAGCCAUUCGAGCAGGAGACGCGUUCGGCGCAUUCGAAGCGCGGCUCGCUGCCUUGGCGUCGCUGCCUGCUGCGGCUCUUCUGUGCCUGUCGUCUGAGGAGAAAAAAGCCUUUUUCCUCAACAUUGCGCAGCUCCUCAGACGUCACGCGGCACUCCUGUCCCUCUGCACUUCCAUCCGCAUGACCGGGGCUUCCAAAAAUAGUGUCGCUGAGCCGUCACCUGUCUGUGCGUCGUCGCCUGACUCGGAGUUGUCCUCUAUAUCUGCUGCAUCUGCUUCUGUUUCGUUGGGCGCUUCGCGUUCGUGUUCGCCUUCCUCUGAGGCUCCUCUGUCCGCGCAGGCGUCUGUCGUUGCGGCUGAAAAAGAGUGCGAUGAAGGAGACAGAAGACUGACGAGUUGUGCCCUUAGAGACACGCCACAAUUGCCACCGUCGACGAGUUCUGCUAAAUCUCUGAGAAAGCUGUUGCCGUCUUUCUUGCGUUCUGUUCUGCAUCCGUCAUGGCUCUCUCCUCUUGGCGGCAGAGUCGACUCAGACGCGGAGAAAUCGGGAGACCAGAAAUCAUGUUUGCCGUGGCGAACCGAUCGCCACCGUAUUGGCAAAGGGGCAGCAGACCACGGGGGAGUCUGGGCCGCAGCUUGUGUUCUUCAUGGUGCUCUGGAGGGCCGCCUCCAAGGCAUAAAGCGAGAACGUGUACUGCAUGUCGUUCGCGAGAACGCUGGCUCUCUGUUGUUGUUGAUCUCGCCGGUCCUUUUCUUUUCUACUCCGCCCCCCACCCUGACUGCUGCUGCGCUAGCGCUCCUCGCGCUUCUCCUUCUGCGGGUUGGCCUGUCUCCGCCAGGCUCGCGGGAGACUAUGCAGCGCCUGGUCGGCGUCGGAGCACCUGCACUUGGAAACAGUCGAGGGACGAGAAAGAGGCUGACAGAAGAAGGGCAUGGAGACGAACUCUGCGCUUCGGGGAGUGGCUGCCGUAGACAUGCUGCGUGCUCAAGGUUCCGUCUGAAACAGUUGGAAGCUUUCCAAGCGACAGAUGAGGAGACACUCAGGAGCCUCUCAGGAGGUAGCAGGCGGAACAUUGCUCCUUCUUACCGUAUCGCUGGCCAAGACCUCUCCACCUCUCUGAUUCUCGAGCGUCUCUUUCUGCUCCCGCCUGACCGAGCAGCAGAGUCGGCACACCCAGGCUCCGUUCCGCAGACUCCUGGAAGUUCUUCACUUGCCGCGACCCCCUCCUGGCUUCGCUACGACGUACGUUCUCUAGGAAACUGUGCGCGCUCUGCGGAGACACAGGAACGCGCCAAAGAGAAAGACGAGACGGCGGAGCGGGAGAGAGACACAGCGCGUCGAGAGGACGCGACGCGAGACGACAAAGAAGAAUGGGGUGCGCAGGAGGCGUCGCUGGAUUCAUGCCACAGAGAAAGGCCUUGGGUUGCCUCCGUGUGGAACGCCCUUGCUCAGAGGGUGGUGGAUCCUCGCGUCGCAACAUUUCUUCACGACUUCGCACCGUUUUGCCCGCUAAUAAUUUUCUAUCCGUCCACGUGCGAUGGUCAGUUGACGGCGUUAACUCGGCGAUUGCUUCGCGCCACGGUGCGGCUCUCCCCGUCUUCAGUUACCAUACCGGCGUAUUUGACUCGGUACUCUCAGUUUUCUUCACCGCUGCCACUUUUUCCAUCUGUGCCAGGAGGCCCGAUUCACGAGCCUUUUGCUUCUCGCUGCUCUUCGCACCUCGCCCGGUGUCUUUCCUCCGCCUCUUCUGACAGCUUUUUUCCCUCGCCUUUUUCGCCGCCUCUGUCUGAUGAUGUCAAGCUGUUUCCCUCUCGUCUCUCUACCCCAUUGUUCCGUGGCACUUCGCAUAGAAUGCGUCUUUCCACCGGUAAACCCCUCCGGACGACCAGUUCUACAGUAGAAAAUUUCUUUUUCUGGACAUCGGCGUUCCCUCGGUCGCGGUCCGCCUCUUUCGGCUCAGCUGCUUCGCAGGUGUUUUCUUUGAUACCACAAACGGGGGAAACGCAACGAACAGUCCGGUCUUCUGUGUGCACGUCGACCAGGGUUCCUACCCCUGGAAAGGAACCCCGUACGCGAGGACUCAGCGAGGAAUCGCCAGACAGUGAUGAAGAGAUAGGCGAAAAGUGGGUGCGCUGUGGAGAGGUGCUGCUUGGGAACUCGGCGAAUGAGGAUUCAGUCGAGAAGACCGGACUGUUUCUCAACGAGGGAACGAAAGCAAGAUCGUGCGGCACGUGCGACAAGUGUACGAAAUGUCGUUGGAGAGACAACGAGACAGUUUCACAGAGCGCAUGCAGUCGUCGGUGCUGCCAGAAGUUCGUCUCGUGGUCGCUUCGAGUCAAACAAAGAAAACGGAAACAACGGCGCGACAACAGAAAUGGUUGGAGUCUGUAUCGAAUGGGCUUACGUGGGUGUAGUGCGGCCACUCUAAGAAUUGAGAGUGGCGCACAAGAUCUGAGCGAAGACAAGAAGGGAGACGGAAACGGAAUGUGGAUACGACGCCGACGCAUAAAGAGGGGAGGGGAGAAUUGCCGAGUAUGUCGCGCGGUACCAGACAGCACAAGAAGAGGCAAACGCGACAGAGAAGAUGCAGAAGAGGAACUUGGGCUUUUAGGCUGGAUUCUGAGACACAUAGGAGAUCCAGUCUCCCCUGUUGUCCCGCAAAACCUAAUUAUCAAUGCAGUGCGGGGAACGCUGGCGUGGUCUGUGUACGAGGAAAACGCGCUCAUUGAGUAAACUGAAGACAAAGACACAUGCGAGAGCAGGGGGAACUCCUCAGCAGCACUGUAUGGGAGAGCGUGAAAAAGACAAAUCGGAGAAGCGCAGCAAUCCAGAGGCAAGAAGUCCACUGGUCGCGUACCCCGAUCGCGGGAUCGACAGAAACGACUGAGGUCGUGGGUCGUGGAGCUGUGUUUCGUGACCGAAGCACGUUCCGAAGGAAGGAAACGAAACACGACAGAGGUAGAAAUCCUCUAGACACAAACGGCGAAACGAGGACGGGAAAAAAACGUUUCCAGACGUCGAAACGGUAGUAGCGACCUACGCGCCGAGCAGUGGUGGCUGGUGGGUUGUAAGAUGCCACAGGCGACGGAAAGAGGAAAUGAACGAGACAGGAGCUAGGCGGCGCUGCACAAUGCGUCUGGCGUGCAAGGGAGAGCGCUUUUAGAAUGCAUGUGAACAUCCAGCCGAAGUUGACAAACCAAAGAAUUGUGCAUUUCUUUUUCAUGUGCGAAGAUUCCACCAAUUCAGAAAUCCCCACAGGGUAGAAAACGGGUUCAGGUGUUUUUCAAGUGCAUUUUAAAGCAUCACUGCUGAAACAAAGUCGCGGCAUUCAUUCAGGAAACUCCUUUCUGAGAACCUGCAUCGUGACCAGCAUGAACUGAGGAAUCACAACGAUUGAUCACUGCAAGCCCAAAGUGCAAACAAAGAGAUGUGGAUGUUUUCCUCCUGCCUACAAAGAGCUCUCUACAAAUAGAGAUGCCGUCUGCUCUCCUCUUGUACAUAUGGGAAGGACGUGGCGCCUCUCUUUUUCUUGGUCCCAGGAGGUGCUCAUAAAGUCACCUGGUCCAGAUCUACGAAUUCCUCUGAACCAUUUGUCUGCUGCCAUUUGGCAGCUUCGCGUCUCUUGUUCUUCUCUGUCGCUCUUAUUUCUCUCAUAUUGUGAAGAGGAGUUCGUUGCACUCCCUACUGUGUAAGACCUUCGCAUUUCUCGUUCACUUAGAUGUGCAGCGGCC